CUCCUCCACUGAGAGAGAGGGAAGGAGGGAAGGAGGGAGGGGUGAGCGAAAGAGACACAGAUGCUCGGAGAACGGCUCAGCAGAGUGUGUGAAACACCAGCGCGACAGUGAGGGUGAGCACGUCGAGUCCCCGAGACCGCCCGCACAACAACAGGAGAGUGAGCAUUGCCCAAGCUGGACAGCACACAGCAGACGAACGCUGAGAGAGAGAGAGAGAGAGACAGAAGGAGAGGGGGAGAGAACCAACCCUCAGAGUGCUGAUGAAGACGACAGAGACUCUUCAUUCAGCGUAUUCAGAGACGGACUAAGAGCAGCAUCCAGCCAGAAGCCUGCUUCCCGAGUGUGUGUGUGUGCAAUGUGUGUGUGUAAGUGAGUGUGUGAGAACUUCCAGGGUCUCACUACCCACUCAACACCAGCCCUCCUCCUUCCUUCAGCACAGCUUCAGAGGUCAGCCCCCCAAGCCCCACGUGCUGCCCCUUUCGCCGAGAUGACGGGACGGCUCUUCUUGCUCCUGUGUCUCGCUGGUCACGGAGUGUUUGGCAUGUUUUCCCGGCAGCCUCAGGACCUGGUGGUGGUUGCCGGCCAGCCUGUCACACUGCCAUGCUCCAUUCCUGGUUACCAUGGCGUUGUGCUGUGGAUCAAAGAUGGCCUCGCUCUGGGUGUGGGAAGAGACCUGUCAGGCUAUCCCCGCUACACGGUGGUUGGGGACCACAGCUCUGGGGAGCACCACCUGAGGAUCCAGAGGGUGGAGCUGAUGGACGACGCCGUCUUCGAGUGCCAGGCCAUCCAGGCAGCCAUGAGGUCGCGGCCCGCUCGCCUGACGGUGCUGGUUCCUCCGGAGGACCCGGUCAUUGACGGAGGUCCCGUGGUGAGCCUUCGAGCUGGAGACCCGCUCAACCUCACCUGCCACGCUGACAACGCCAAGCCUGCCGCCUCCAUCAUCUGGAUCCGAAAUGGAGAGGUGCUGAAUGGAGCCAUGUACUCCAAGACUCUUCUCCGCGACGGGAGGAGGGAGAGCACCGUCAGCACCCUGUACGUCUCUCCGUCCAACAUCGAGACGGGACAGAAGAUCAUCUGCCGCGCGUCCAACAAGGCCAUCCCCAGCGGCAAAGAGACCAGUGUCUCCGUCGACAUCCAGCACUUGCCGCUGGUUAACCUCUCCGUGGAACCACAGCCAGUGUUGGAGGGGAACCUGGUGAGAUUCCAUUGCUCUGCUAAAGCCAACCCGCCCGUCACUCAGUACAGGUGGGCCAAAGGAGGCAGCAUGAUCAAGGAAGUGUCUGGAGACACCUAUGAGGUCAUCGUGGAUCACUCCUUCUUCACCGAGGCUGUUUCCUGUGAGGUCACCAACCCUCUAGGCAGCACGAACAUCAGCCGUAACGUGGAUGUCUACUUUGGUCCUCGGAUGGCAGCGGAACCUCAGUCCCUGCAGGUGGAUCUGGGCUCGGAUGCCGUGUUCAGCUGUGCCUGGACGGGGAACCCGUCCCUCACAAUUGUGUGGAUGAAAAGGGGCUCAGGAGUGGUGCUGAGCAAUGAAAACAUCCUGACCUUGAAGGCGGUGAAGCAGGAGGAUGCCGGAAAGUAUGUGUGUCGCGCAGUGGUGCCUCGAGUCGGUGCCGGCGAGAAGGAGGUCUCACUCACGGUGAACGGUCCUCCGACCAUCUCCAGCACUCAAGGCCCACCAGAGCACCUCACGGAGAAAAGGGCCAGAAUCAAGUGCUUCAUACGGAGGCACCCCCGCCUCCUGACCGCAUCGUGAGGUACUCCCCCUCCCCUCACCCCGCCCCCUGACCGCAUCGCGUGGUCCUGGAAGGAGACGGUGCUGGAGUCCGGGACGUCUGGCCGCUACACCGUGGAGACGGUGAGCACCGAGGACGGUGCGCUGUCCACGCUCACGAUGAGCAACAUCGUGCCGGCGGACUUCCAGACCAUCUACAACUGCACGGCCUGGAACAGCUUCGGCUCCGACACCGAAAUCAUCCGUCUCAAGGAACAAGAGUCGCUGCCCGUCGCUGUAAUCAUCGGCGUAGCAGUGGGAGCCUUCGUAGCCUUCAUCGUCCUCAUCGGCACCAUCGGCGCCUUCUGCUGCACGCGCUCACAGAGAAAAGACGCCCCCCUGGUUAUGUCCUCCCUCCCCACCUCCAUCUGUGCUCAGCAGAGAGAACUUGCAAGCAAAAUUAGGACAGAAAACCUGAAGGGGGCGGUGUCGGCCAAGAACGACAUCCGCGUGGAGAUCGUCCACAAGGACCGCAAUGCCGCAAGGGAGAACGAGGACCACGCCGCCAUGAAGCAGCUGAUGAUCGAAAGGGGCGAGUUCCAGCAGGAGUCUGUCCUGAAGCAGCUGGAGGUCCUACAGGAGGAGGAGAAGGAUUACCAGCACAUCAAGGAUCCCACCAAUGGCUACUACAGUGUGAACACCUUCAAGGAGCACCACGGCACACCUACCCUCACCCUGGCUAGCGGGCAGAGCGGCGAACUACGACGCGAAGCCCCCGCGCCA